AAAAAACUAAACUUACUUUGACAUUUCUGUUUUCACAUCUGUAAUCUGUCAGUUUAAUUGUCAAUUUGUCUUCCUCUCUUUCUUUCAUGUUUCGUCCGUCUUUCAAUAAUCAUGGCGGUGAACAAUAUUUCAAAGAAACGUAAAUUCGUUGGAGACGGUGUCUUUAAGGCUGAGCUCAACGAGUUCCUGACGAGGGAGCUAGCCGAGGAUGGAUACUCCGGGGUAGAAGUUCGGGUGACCCCGACCCGGUCAGAAAUCAUCAUAAUGGCCACAAGGACGCAGAGCGUGCUCGGAGAGAAAGGACGAAGGAUCCGCGAAUUAACUUCAGUGGUUCAGAAGCGGUUCAAUAUACCUGAGAAUUCUGUGGAGUUGUACGCCGAGAAGGUGGCCACCCGAGGGCUCUGUGCCAUCGCUCAAGCUGAGUCUCUCAGAUAUAAGCUAAUUGGAGGUUUGGCUGUGCGUCGUGCUUGCUAUGGUGUGCUAAGGUUCAUCAUGGAAUCUGGUGCAAGAGGAUGUGAAGUAGUUGUAUCUGGCAAACUCCGGGGACAGAGAGCCAAGUCAAUGAAGUUUGUGGAUGGACUCAUGAUCCACUCCGGAGACCCAUGCAAUGACUAUGUAAACACUGCCACAAGACAUGUACUGCUGAGGCAAGGUGUCCUUGGUAUUAAGGUUAAGAUUAUGUUACCGUGGGACCAGCAAGGCAAGAACGGACCAAAGAAGCCGCAGCCCGACCACAUCCAAGUGACAGAGCCCAAGGACGAGCCCGUGCCUGGGGAACCCGAAUCCGAUGUGCGCCCGCUGCCACCUGCUGCGCCACUGGCGCCGCCGCCUGUCGCCGUUGUCGCCUAGCUCUAAUAAAUGUUGGAUAAGAUCUA